UCUCUCUCCCUCUCGCUUCACACUCUCUCUGUGAAAGAUCCUCUCUCUCUCUCUCUCUCUCUCUCUCUCUCUCUCUGCGAAAGAAGCAACAAUGUCUACAAGUUUUCAUCUUCUCUUUCUCUGUUUUCUCAUCUCCACCAUCAUUACACAAUCAAGAAGUCUUGCAAUUCCUCAAGAACUCCGAGAUUUCUCUCAAAAUCUCAUUCCUUUCAACAACCCCACCGCAUCGCCUCCUUCUACUUCUAUAUCUCCAUCGCCACCGUUCGAUCAUCCAUCAAAUGGUACUUUGGUGCCCGCUUUCUUCAUCAUUGGUGACUCCUCUGUUGAUUGCGGCACCAACAAUUAUCUAGGUACCUUUGCUCGCGCUGACCGUCCUCCUUACGGUAGGGAUUUCGACACCCACAAGCCCACUGGAAGGUUCUCCAAUGGAAGAAUCCCUGUUGAUUAUCUGGCAUUGCGCCUUGGGCUUCCGUUCAUACCAAGUUAUCUAGGACAGAUGGGAACUACUGAAGAUAUGAUUCACGGAGUGAAUUAUGCAUCUGCUGGUGCUGGAAUUAUAUUCUCAAGUGGAUCAGAAAUGGGUCAACGAAUCUCCCUCACCCAACAAAUUCAGCAAUUCACAGACACCUUACAGUCAUUUAUUUUAAGUAUGGGUGAGGAUGCUGCAAAUGAUCUCAUCUCCAACUCCAUCUUUUAUCUCUCAAUAGGAAUCAAUGACUAUAUCCAUUACUAUCUUCGUAAUGUGUCUAAUGUACAAAAUUUGUACCUUCCAUGGAGUUUCAGCCAGUUCUUAGCAUCAGAAUUAAGGCAAGAAAUCAUGAACUUGUACAAUAUGAGUGUAAGGAAAGUGGUGGUAAUGGGACUAGCACCUAUAGGUUGUGCUCCUCACUACCUGUGGAGGUUCAAUAGCAAGAAUGGAGAGUGUAUCAGAGAAAUAAAUGACAUGAUUAUGGAGUUUAACUUUUUUAUGAGAUUCAUGAUUGAGGAGCUUGGUCAGGAACUUCCUGAUGCUAAACUCAUCUUCUGUGACAUGUAUGAAGGUUCAAUGGACAUAAUCAAGAAUCACGAACGUUAUGGUUUUAAUGUGACUACUGAUGCUUGCUGUGGGUUAGGGAAGUAUAAAGGGUGGAUAAUGUGCCUUGCACCAGAAAUGGCUUGUAAUAAUGCUUCAAAUCAUAUCUGGUGGGAUCAAUACCAUCCAACUGAUGCUGUGAAUGCUAUUUUGGCAGACAAUGUGUGGAAUGGCCUGCACACUAAAAUGUGUUAUCCAAUGAACCUCAAGGACAUUGUUGCUCCAGACUCAGGCUAAAUGAUUUGAACCAACAGUUUUAUGACCAUUUUUGUAAGAUUAGAGUGUUAAACAGUGUUUCUAUAAAAGACCCAGAUUGUAAA